UUGGUAGAAACCGAGCGAUCGGGCACACUAUGUGUGAAUCUCAGUCGAGACAAGCGUUACCCUGCACUUCUUGUGGGCUUGUCAUUAAGGCCUCCGCAGGCAGUGGAUUACCACCGGCUCCGCCAGUAUCGGGUUUGUGGACCCAUACACCUCCCAAGUCCGCCUUCCUUCGCCUGUACUUUACUCAAGAUGCAAAAUUGACUAAAUGGCGACACCUCUUAUCAGGGCAGGCAUUUUAUGAAGGACCCACAGCUCGCUCGAAUGCCUUACCUUUUGAUCGUUCCAGAUCAUUUUAGCGAUUGCUCGGGGAUAAGUUCUCUCCAAGCUUCUUAACAGAGUGGGCCCUUCGGUUGGACCAUCCUCCCCAUUCCUGGAGUCUAAUCAAGGUCGUCCUCCCACGGACGAUAACGCACCCUAACAGUUUAAGACGAAAGUACGGGUAUCUGUGCUUGCAUUGAUAUCAGGGAAAGAUCGGAGCUCUCCCGAAGCGGUACGUUGCUUGAAAGGAAAUCUUCAGCCCAAACCGGAAAUUGGUCCAAUGGCCUUAUCGGAUGUCUGAAUAACUAUCUAAACGACGUUCGCCAAGAACCUCGAUCUAGCUUGUUGUAUGAUCACAUUUUCAGGAGUAGGUGUUGCCCUCCGACGCUUGACGACAAAUUCGUGACCAAGGCGCUCAAUCAACGACAUGUCUGCAGGGUCAGUUAUUAUCGUGACAGGAGCCAGUGCUGGAAUUGGUGCAGCGAUUGUCGACAAACUGUUGCAGCAGGAUGCCAAAGUCGUGCUGGUGGACAUUGCUGAAGAGCCCCUGAAGAACCGUCAGGCAAAGCACGGAGCUGAGAGUGUAAAGUACGUGGUUGGAGAUGUCUCGAAAGACGAGACCAACUUCCAGGCUAUCAAAGUUGCCAUGGAUACCUGGGGGAAGCUUGAUGCUCUUGCUCUGAACGCUGGCAUAAUGGCACCAGUGAAGAGAGUGUGCGACGUUGCAUCAUCGGAGUGGACGCGAAUCUUCAACAUCAAUGUUGUCUCUCAGAUCUCUAUGCUUACAGCGGCAAUCCCUCACCUCAGGAAGUCAAAGGGCAAAGUCAUCUUCACCUCUUCUGACGCUGGAGAAAAGCCAACAUUUGCGGCAUGGGGAGCUUAUGGCGCUACCAAGGCAGCCGUCAACUAUCUCAUCAAAGUCUUAACAUUGGAAGAACCUGAUAUUACUGCCGUCGGGCUGUAUCCUGGUGUGGUGAACACUCCCCUGGUGCAAGGCAUCUUCAAAGGAGACUAUAAUUCUGGAAUGAGCGCCGAAGAGUUGCAAAUCUACACGGACUUCGUCAAGCCUAGACUUGUCGAGGCUUAUCAGCCUGGUUCUGUUAUCGCAAAUCUGGCUUUGACUGCUCCUCGUAGCCUUAGCGGUGAGAUACUCUUCUGGGACGACGAGAAGUUCUCCGCCUAUCGAUAGGACAGUUUUUGAGCUUUCUUUGAGAUGAUACAGCCACUCCAGAUCAAUCAAAUCUCUAUAAUUUAUUUAUUGCUCGUGG